AUGUCGGUCCUCUGCGUGCUAUUCUUCCUGGCAAGGCUAGUGCAGUCCACCAGCAUUGGUCCAGAAGAGAGCUGCCAGCUGAGACCCGUCAUCCACGUCCUGAAGCAGCCGGGAUGCCAACCUAAACCCAUUCCUUCGUUCGCGUGUCAGGGUUCUUGUUCGUCCUACGUCCAGGUGUCCGGUUCCCGCUACUGGCAAGUGGAACGGUCCUGCAUGUGCUGUCAAGAGAUGGGCGAGAGGGAAGCCACUAAGGCGGUCUUCUGCCCCAACAGCCCCGGACCGAAGUUCCGGAAGGUAGUCACCAGAGCACCCGUAGAGUGCAUGUGCCGGCCAUGCACGUCGCCCGAUGAAAAUUCCAUCAUUCCGCAAGAGUUUGUCACACUUUGA